UGACCGUACAUUCUCCUUGUGGCGAGGACAACUGGUCCGGUCGCAUUUUAUCGCUUGGAUGAAGAAGGGAAGGGGAGGGAAAUCAAACACGCCUACGUAUUCUGUCCAUCAAUCAUCCAAUCACCAGUACACGCAGCGUGGACCGCUUGCCAAGUCGCGCGGUUGGAAAUACUAGUUUGGCAACUACCGAGUGCAUUUCAGUGCAAACUUUCGUUUAGUGCAGACAAUAGCUUACUGGAUCGGAUAUCAACACAGCAACCAUGGAUAAGGAGGAGGAGAGGGAAGGGGCACAGAGUGAGCCGGUGGAGGGUUUUUUGGGGGAGAGAAGACCGAGCAUCAUGAGACUACAGGGGAUGCUGAGGAGAGUUUCCCAGAGUCCCUUCCGCAAACAAUACAGGACUCCUAUCCCCUCCACUUCAGAAUCCAGAGAUUCCUCUGACACUCGCCUGAAGCAGAAUGGAAUCAAUCGUAGCUUGUCAAAAGAGAAUCCAUUCUACUCUUAUAUGAAAGAAUCCAGCAGUGUGACUAUUGACGGGGACACGAAGAAUCAGGAUUCAGAGGUUCUACGUGGGCAGAGUUUAGUCACCGUCUUUACUCCUCCGCCUGACGUCCGGAGCACACCAGAUGGCCUCCAACCUGACAAACAGACAGGCGACAACCUUCAGACCACACCGUCUGACCAGCCUACGUAUAUCUUCAAAACCAUGUCUGAAAGACGGUCACCGGAUCUCUUCGAAACAACGGCCCUAACUCAAAACACACCAAAUGUGAGCCACAGUCCUUUAUUUGUCACACCUGCUGAAAGACUGGAGCUUUGGGCAACUCCUUCGAACCAACAGGACCUAUUCAAAACUCAGCCUUCAAAAACACCAAACCCAUUCCAAGCUCCUCCAACCAAGGGAGAGUUCCUAUUCAAUGCUCCUCCCACCAAGGGAGAGUCCCUAUUCAAUGCUCCUCCCACCAAGGGACAUGACCUUUUCCAAGCCCCUUUGUCCAUUCCAAAGGACCCCUUCCAAUCCACUCCUUCUGACACUCCCAAUCUCAUUCAAGCCACGCCUAUUAGGUCUAAUGACCCUUUCCAAAUUCCCUCUUCCAAUGUGACACCAGACAUCUUUCAGCCCCUGCCUUCCAGGACAUGGGACAUUUUCCAUUCCUCACCCAGUGACAUCUUUCAGAGUGCUUCUUUCAGUACUGACUCUACAGUCAAGCAGUCCACACCUUUAUUCCAGACUUCGCCAGGGCAGAAAACAGACGUCUUCUCAGGGUCAGAUUUUGAGAAGACUGCUGAGCUCUUCAAUGCAUCACUCUCCAUCACGCAGGAUUUCAACCUUGCAACACCCUCUGAUGAACAGUAUGAUAUCUUACUGAUGACCCCUCACGGAACCAAACAUGUUCUCCAACCCACCUCUACUGCCAUGAAACAUGGUACCCUCCAUGCCAGAUCCCUGUCCGCCACGCAGGCUUUCAAUGGUACCCCCCAGGUGAAGACCUCCAACAGCCCUCCCAAACCACCACCUCAAAAAAGACAGCCCAAGUUACCGAGUCGUACCGAAGCUGAGCGACCAGAUCCUAAACCAGGCCCUCAAACGAAGAAUACCGCUCAGGACAACGAAGUGGAGGUUUUUGAGAACAUUCUUUUGACUGGCCAGGAGAUAUGUGUGGAGGAUUGGCCUGAAAACAGUCCUGAGCUCAAUCCUGACUGGAAACCUUCUGGCAAACUGAGGCUUAGGAGGGAGUCGAUGAAGGUGGCGUCAGACUCUGAUGGGGGGAGUAUAGAAGAACUGGAAGAGAAUGGCGCCGGAAAACAUGCGAAGACUAAAAGGGGGAGGACGUUCAAGGUAUCCUUUCUUUCCAGAAGAGGGUCAAAGGAUAAAUAUUCUGAAGACCUGAAGGAUAGUGACAGCGGCACACUACGUCGAGGAUCAAAGGAGAGAUUUUCGGAAUCCAAGGAUGGAGAGAGCAAUAGUCUCCGUUGGAGGUCAAAGGGGGGCUUUUUGGAUGAAGACUUCCCAAAGAAAGGGGUAGAUGUCUUCUCUGCAGAUUACGAAGAUAAGGAGAAUUACAUGGAGCACGGCAAGCCGAAGAAAUCAUUCAAAUUCAAAAUGCCCCUUGUGAAUCGCAGAGGAUCUAAGGAUCGGUUUUCAGCUGACCAUCUUGAAAAAGCUUCAGGCCUACAUUUGCCUCAACAUAGAGCGAAUGUAUAUAUAUAUAUAUAUUUUUAUAUCUGUGUGUUUGUAAACAAAAAGAGCAAUAUAUUGGUGUACAAAAUCUGUGUUGACAUAUUCCUGUGGUGUGUUUUCCAGGAGGGCUUGCUAGAAGAUGACUUUCCUCAGAAGGAAGUAGGAUUCAUAUCUGCAGGGGAGAAUGAAGAUGAAGAAGACUCCAAACAGGCCCUGGGUUUGGAUGAGAACUCUGAAGAGGAGCCAGAGGAACGUGAUGGGACGGGUGGAUUUAAAAAAAGUAAAGGUGUCAAAAUUAAGUUUGUGCCUCACAGAGGGUUCGCAAUCUGCCUCGAAAAGGAUGAACCAACAGGCGCUCAUGAAUACACACCUCGCAGAGGUUCAAAGAUGAUUCAUGAGAAACCUCUUGAUGAACUUAAAGGUGCCCAUGGUUAUACACCACGCAAGGAGUCCAAGGUUAAUAUUUUUGAGGAAACCGAAGAAGUGAAAGGCUACACCCCGCAGUCACACCCCAAGCAGAGCUUUUUGGAUGAUUACUUGCCUGAGAAGGGGGCAGGUUUCUCCUCAGCAGGAGCGGUAGAAGAAUAUCAACAGAAUGUGAUGGAAGACUGCAAACCGAAGAAACCGUUCAAAUUAAAACUCCUACAUAUGAAUCGUCGGAAAUCUGGGAGCGCUGAGGAGAAUUCUCAGACUAGUAGCACACAACAGUACUCCCCACAAAGGAGAUCAGAGGAGGGCUUUCUGGACAGUGAUGUGCCUCAGAAGGGAGCAGAUCUCUUCUAUGCUGGACAGAUAGAAGAUGAACAGAACGAGAUGGAAGACUGGAAACCGAAGAAACCAUCGAAAUUUAAGAACCACCUUGCAAGUCGGCGCAAGUCGAGCCAAAUCCAGGAAAUGUUUCCAUAUGAAAAGUCACAGAUUGGUUCCGAGCGCUACACACCUCGACGAGCAUCCCAUGAGGGCUUUCUGGACGAUGACACUUCUCAGAGGAGGUCGGAUCUCUUCUCAGCAGGAGGGCAUGGAGAUGAUUAUGGACAGGAUGAUAUAGAAGACUGCAAACCGAAGAAAUCAUUCAAAUUUAAAGCCCCUCAUAAGCAUCGCAAAGAAACUAAGACUAAAGCGAGAGAUGAAAGGAUGACCGAGUACCCACCAGGAGCCACAUCUAGUGACUACUACUUUUCAGAGGCUGCAGAGGCUGAGUGGCGUUCUGCUCAGAUUGACGAACAGCUUGCAGACGGUCUGGAGGAUGAGGAGGAGGAGGAAGAGGGGGACACUGACAGCUUGAUGGAGUGGUGGAACACUGUGGAACAAUGGGAUGAGCUGCCUUCAGAUGAUGAAGACAAGACGGUGAAGGACGAUGAGACUAGGUCAUUCACCCUACUGGCGGAGAAGGUGCACCGCGGCCUGAGUGUCUUCAACAAGGUGUUCACGGAGCGUGCCGAGGUCCUCUGGCAGUACGUCAUCAAGCUCUAUGCCCUCGCCGACGACAUCACCUCCUUCCAUAAGAAGGCCAAGAUUGGCAACAUCACCGGCGGCACCACCGCCGCCGUCGGGGGCGGCGCGGCCAUCGUCGGCCUGGCCCUCGCCCCCUUCACCUUCGGCGCCUCGCUCAUCAUCACGGCUGUGGGCGUCGGAGUGGCAGCGGCCGGAGGGAUCACGUCGGCAUCGGCGACCAUCUCGGACAACGUGAACAACAUGCAGGACAGGAAGAAAGUGGAGGUGGUUCUGGAGGAUUAUGAGGCGAGGAUGGAGGAGUUGGUGAAGAUCUUGAGGUUUGUGUGCGAGGGGCUGUAUAGACUCAGGGGGCAUCCUCUCCUCCGGAGAGGAACCCAGCACUACUCUGGAGACUGGGAGGUCCGCAGGGCCGUUCAAAUGGUCAGCCUAGUGGAUAGACCUGUGUUGAGGGCCACAGAGGUAACAGAAGGAGCUGCCGUGGCCCUCAGGGGCCUCUUCAAAGGAAUGGAUAAAUACUUCACCAAGGACUCUCGUGAGCUAAAGAAAGGGUUUAAGAAAGAGGUGGUGUUUAAGAUUAGGCAAGUAGCUCAGGUGCUGCACGAGAGCCUGAUGGAGCUGAAUGCUAUCAGGGAGGAGCUGCAGGAUGCUAAUGGCAAUAUAUGAAACAGUUCAACUCCCACAAUGCAACGUGUCUUAUGCAACUCAUGGCCCCCCAUUACUGCCCAAGCUGAGGAUUUGUUUUCAAGAUCUUGAUAUUUUUUACCUAAACCUAACGAGGACUUUCCCAACUUUCCUGUUCCUCUUUAAACGAAAAGGAGAAACUGAACAUUUGCCUUGUAAUAAAUUCAGUUACAAACUCUGAUUGCAUUCUGCAAUUUGGACAACUAUGCAGCAUAAUAAGCUUUUACUUACAAAGAACUUGUAUGUAUGACUUUACUGAAUUGUGAAGUAGUAGGCCUAAGAUCUUGGAUACGUGUUUAUAACUAGCUUAGGCUACACUCAUGUGAUAUACCAUGUAGCCAUGGAUCUAAUCUAGCUAUUAUUUUAAACAGAGUAUAUAUUUCAACGUUUAAUAAAUAGGUUAUUUAUACUGUAACCAAAUGAAAUGUGCAAUGUUGAUGAUAACUAAUAGCGCAAUGAGGCAGCUAUUCGAAUUGUGUUUAAUAAAGAUAAUUAUGCAUUUGAA